CUUCCUCUCUGACGGACUCUCAUUGAGAGAACUUCAUAUCUUGCAAGUUCAGCCUUUGUAUCCAAUACUUGUCCUCAAUAGACUUAUCUAUUAUCGAACCACAUUCCCGUCCUCGAGCAAACCAUGUCGUCCAACACCAAAUUCCACACGUUUACUUACGAGGGGAAUCAUACCGCGCCCAAAUCAAUCCGCAAUGUCGAGCUUUUUAUUGACAACGAGCUGGUUUCCUCCAAGGCCAGCAGAUGGAUCGACGUUCACGACCCUGCAACGAACAACAUAGUCUGUCGAGUACCAGAAGCCACACCCGAAGAGCUCCAAGCCGCAGUCACUUCCGCCAAAAAUGCAUUCCCCGCAUGGAGCAGCACCAGCAUCAUGAAGCGACAAAACAUGAUGUUCAAAUUAACCCACUUGAUCCAGAACAACAUGGACGCUCUUGCGGUUUCAAUCGUCACCGAGCAAGGCAAGACCCAGGCUGACGCGAAAGGCGAUGUGCUUCGGGGAUUGCAAGUCUGCGAAACGGCCUGUGGCAUUACCACCCAACUUCCCGGCGAAGUCCUCGAGGUUGCGAAAGACAUGGAAACCCGCUCCUACCAACUUCCGCUCGGAGUUGUGGCAGCUAUCUGUCCCUUUAACUUCCCCGCCAUGAUUCCCCUGUGGAGUCUUCCCCUUGCCGUGAUCACCGGCAAUUGCAUGAUCUUGAAGCCCACCGAACGGGCGCCCGGAGCUGCCAUGAUGAUCGCAGAACUCUGCAAGGAAGCGGGAUUUCCUCCGGGCGUCGUCAACGUGAUCCACGGAUCCAAGCCAGCCGUCGACUUCAUUCUCGAGGCACCAGAGAUCAAAGCCAUCUCAUUUGUCGGUUCCAACAAAGUCGGUGAGUAUAUCUAUAACCGUGGUACAUCGCUAGGAAAGCGUGUUCAGGCCAAUCUCGGGGCCAAAAACCAUGCCGUUGUGCUUCCGGACUGCGCGAAGAACCACGCCCUCAGCGCUAUUGCGGGAGCGGCUUUCGGGGCCGCGGGUCAGCGGUGCAUGGCACUGAGCGUUCUUUUGACUGUUGGCUCGGCCCGCGAAUGGAUCCCUGAUUUGGUUGCCAAGGCAAAGGAGUAUCGAGCCGGAAGCGGGUUCCAUGAGCGAUCGGACUUGGGCCCGUUGAUAACCCCUCAAAGUCGGGAUCGGUGUGUGGAUCUUAUUGCCAGCGCUGAAGCUGAAGGCGCAACUGUUGUCUUGGAUGGUCGGGAAUAUAAGCCGGAUGGCUACCCCAAUGGAAACUGGGUUGGUCCAACAAUUAUCACCGGCGUGAGAAAGGACAUGAAAUGCUACCGAGAGGAGAUCUUCGGACCCGUCCUACUUUGUAUGGAAAGCGACACCAUCAACAGCGCCAUCGACCUAGUCAACUCAAAUGACUGGGGAAAUGGGGCAGUGAUAUUUACUCAGUCCGGUUCAAGUGCGACACAUUUUCAGAAGAAUAUCGAGGCAGGGCAGAUUGGAAUCAAUGUCCCUAUUCCCGUCCCCCUUCCCAUGUUCUCGUUCACUGGAAACAAGAGGAGUGUUGGGGGCACGGGACUGCUCAACUUCUAUGGAAAGGAUGGGCUGAGAUUCUACACGCAGUGGAAGACUGUCACGUCGCUUUGGAAGUCCGAAGAUGCGACGGAGCUGUCGAGACCAACUGCGAUGGUGUAAAUACGUUUUCAAACUGUUUUAAAGCCAAUUACAUGAUUACUUUAGGUAUUUGGGUGGGACAGAGCAAAACCUGGCAGUCCGCCAUUC